AUGGUAACCCGGUCUCCUGCCGCCGGGCCGCGCGCCGCAGUGAGCAGCAGAGAGACGGAGGAGAGACGGUGAGUCACCGGGACCAGCACCCGGUCAGACGACCGACAACCGACGGACCAGAAGACACCGACAGACCGUUCGGUUAGCCCGUUAUAGCGCGACGAUCACGGACUGUUAAUGAGGCCGAUGAUGACGGGCAUCGACCGCAGUGUUGCUUCAACCUGAGAGAGACUUGAGCGACAUCAUCAGCGGCAACCAGACUGUUGCUGCAGUGUUGCUUCCCCCUGACGGAGACGACGUACCUCCAGCAACCAGACCCACCAGCAGCAACAGCAUGUAAGGCAACUAACUGCACCGGCAGCAACGAGCAACCAGACUGUUGAUGUUUUAAUGUUGCUUUAACCUGACAGAGACUACAGCAUCCAGUCCAACAGCAACAUAAUCUGCAGCAAUUAUAUAUAAAGCAACCAGGCCACUGAUUUUCCACAACUGCAGUGUUGCUUUAACAUACAAUAAAGGGAGAAUACAGCAACUAGACUGAUGUUUGUCAACCACAUAUUGUUUCAACCUUAAAGCUUCAAGGACUACAGCAACUACACCUACAGCAACUAAACCCACUGCAACUAAACCCACAGCAAUUGAACAUACAGCAACUGUGCCCUCCUGCAACAAUAUCUGCAGCAACUAGGAAAUUAACGGUUUUAAUUACCACCGUGUUGCUUCAGCCUCAGGGAAACUACAGCAACUACACGAUCAGCAACUAGCAACCACAUUGUUGAUGUUUAAUCUUCACUGUGUUGCCUCAGUGUGGCACGACAGCAACUCAACCUGCAACCUACAUCCACGGCACCUAUCGACUCGACAUCCAUCGUCCAGCAGUCGGUGAAUCAGCUGAUCACAUUGUUUCUGAUCACCGACAUGUGAUGACAUCUGACUCACCCGAUUGGCUCAUCGGAGGGGCUCAGGCACAGAUGGGCGUCCUCCCAGACUGUCAGACUGAUCAGCUGAUCUGGAGUCAGUCAGCUGACGGCUUCAGGUUGACCUAAACUCCGUCCAACCGCUGGCCCCUCUUUCCUCGUUCGGGUGAAAACGACAGCCAAUAGAAAAUGAGCCUGCUUAAGGAGGAGGAGCCUGGCCGAGAGAUGGAAGCCAAGACCUGGGCUCAGUCUCUGGUUUACACUCUGGAGGAACUCGAGUGUAAAAUCUGCUACAACCGCUACGACACUCGAAGUCGGAAACCCAAACUGCUGGGCUGUCUGCACCGAGUCUGUGCCAAGUGUCUGAAGAAGAUGGUCGACAUGGGAGAGUCUUCGCCAUCUAUCAUCUGCUGUCCAUUCUGUCGCCACGAGACCUACGUCCCCGACGAGGAGGUGUGGUUGAUGGAGGACGACCGACACAUCCUGGCUGUUCUGUCUUGUCAGGACCGAGCCCGCCGAGGAGGAGGAGGAGGAGGAGGAGGAGGAGGAGGAGGAAGAGGAGGAGGGGGGGGGGAGGUGGUGCUGAGUCCAAACAGUCUAACCGGAGGAGGAGGCGUGGAGUCGUCCCACCGCUCCUCAGACUGUCUGGUCAUCACCAUCAUGGAGCUCCCCGAGGAUUCUCCAUCCUCGGACUCACUGAGCAUGCUCAACGUGGUGGGUCUGUACCGCCCCCCCAGCCUGGACUCGCUGCCCUGCAACCUGCCGGCUCAGAAGUGUCACGCCUGGACGUCCCGCAGCUUCCCCCGCUGCCUGCUGGGGGCGCUCUGCCUGGUGUACUUCAGCUCUCUGCCUCUGGGGAUUUACCUGCUGAUGAUUGGUCAGCUGUGGCUGGGCGUGGUCCUGGUGAGUCUGGUUCCCUCCACGCUGCUGCUGCUCGUCCUCUACGGCUUCUGUCAGUGUCUGUGUCACGAGCUGAUGGAGGCGCUCGCCGCGCGCACGCACGCUCUGCCAUGACAUCGACAAUACUAACAACACGUCACCUGCCGCCAUUACAGCCAACAACAGGCUGCUGUGACAACGACAACAACAUCAACACAUCACACCAUGAGAACUAACAACACGGCCGACAUGACAACGGUGAGAACCACCGGAACAAAGAGUAAACAAAAACAAAACAACAGUCAGAACAACAACAGUGCCACCAGAACCAGCGACAAAACAAGUCACAACAUGAGAUAUCACACCAGAACCAGUGGCCUGUACGAUCCAAACCCAGGACAUCUUUUGGUUAUCUGGCUGAACUACCGCGACCCCGCUAAGCGGUCAGACGACGGUGGUUUCAACUCGGUAAAUCAACUCCUGGGUUUCUCCGUCUGGUGGUGAGCACGUUCACACAAAAUAAUAGUUCCAGGAUAUGAUCAAAUCUAAACAUGCCAUCAGCAGAGCGGCAGAUUUUACAAUCGAAAGGAAACUAAAGAGGAUAUUCAGGCUAAAAGCGACACAGAUGUAGCUGCUAAAUGCAGGAAGAACAGCCGGUAAAACAAUAAAUCACUAAAACUAAUUUAACAGAAUUAUAAUAUCAGUCUACAUCUGACUAUAAUUACAUUUAUGAAUUCCAUUAAAUCAAUGUGUUGCUUGGAUGUAUUCUUACAGAAUAGAAUAGAAUAGAUGAUAUACUUUAUUGGUGUGUAUGUCAAUUUAAACCUUAUUUUUGUGUUAUCAACCCCGGAGGUGUGAAACAGACUUGGCAGGAAAAUUAAAAUAAAAUAUAAAAUCACAAUUCAAAGAGCUUUGACAAUCUCAUGACACGAGCACCAAGCUAUAUUAGACACGUCCGCAAUCUCAAACAUAACCUGCUUCAGAGCAGAGCAACAAUCGAACAACACAACAACCAAAAUGACAACAACGGAACAUCACCAGAACAACAACGGAACAUUACCGGAACAAAGGAACAACACCAGAACCAAAAUAACAACAAAUCCUUACCAGAACCAGAGUAACAACAGAGCAAUAUCAGAGCAACAACGGAACAUCACCAAAACCAGAAUUACAACAAAACAACACCAGAAACACAACAACACUAGAACAACAGAAUCACUCAUCUAUAGACUCACCCAUCAGACAUUGACACACCUGUCCACUCUGACCCCGCCCCCCUCUGAAAACCAGCAUUACCCCCCUCCUUGUGGCUACAGCCAAUUUAGACUCGGACCAGGUGAUGACAUCAUCACAGAGAAGAGGCGGAGUUUAUCUCUCUCACUCACUCUGAUGUUUUACUGUGAAGGUUGUUCUCUUUGUCGCCUCCUGCUGGACAAACUGAGAACAAGCUGUUUUAUUUUAUAUUGGGAAACAACAGAGGGAUCCAAACUGUCAGCUGAUCAGAGGAGACUUCUGCCUGUGAACAUUAAAGCUGUUGUAGACUGAAACCACCGUACUGUGCAGACUGACAGAGACUUUAAACAACACAAACUAACCAUGUUGAAAACAACAAGUUACUGUUUAAUAUGUGUGAAUCUGUAACUGACAUUCAUUAAAUACGCUUGUUUUCUAUUUUCUUAAGACUCCAGUACAGAGACAGGUCCAGGACUGUUAGCCUUGCUUAGCACAAAGCCUGGAAAUAGAUGGCAAACUGUUAGCUUAGCAUCAUCAAAGUCCUGGCUUCCUGUCGAACUGUAUUCCCACAAUGUCUCCAAAAUAUAAAGAAAAGGAAAAUCUCCCAUUAUUCUAACUCCCAAGUGUUCACAUCCAAGAUGCCUUAUUAAAUAUCAUAAUACAAAUUAAGUCUAAAUUAGCUUCUUUGUUGUGUAUUUGUAGCAGUUUGUUUAAAUACAAACAAGUGUAUAAAUCCUUUUCAAUGAACCGAGUGUAUGAAUUUAUUCAGAUCAUGUAACUGGAACUUUUCUGAAUGUUUACACAUUCACAUGUAUGUGUUUGUGUAUGUUACAUAAACACAAUCAUGUGUCUACAGAAAACAACACUGUUGGUGGAUGUUUUUCACGACAUGUCUUCUUCUGCUAAUGUUAAAUAAUAAUAAACAGCCACCACAUGUUAAUAAGAUUUCACAACCUGCAGUCGCAGUGCUGCAGAAACACCAGUGUCGUACAAUAUGUAAAUCAUUUAUUUUUUGAUUAAACUAAGCUAACAGUUUCCACCUGCUUCCAGUAUUUGUGCUAAGCUAACAGUU